AUGUUUCGGUCACAAAACCAACUCAGUGAAUUUUUAAAAAUUAUCAUGUAUAUUCUAUUAUUAUUUUUGUUUUUGUCAUUCGCAGAGUGUAACCAAAAAUGGCAUACAUCCCAACUAUCAUUGAGGCGAUUAUAUGAUUUACAAAAUGAACACUUUAAUGUAUUCAAUGAUUACUUGAAGUUGGAAACAGAACGAUUGGAAGAAUUAAAAAAGUAAUCACUGUAUAUGUUUCCUAUUUUCGGUUUUAUAUUAUUUAUAUCAGUAGCUUCUUAUCCUUUAGUAAGUUAAUAACUUAAAUUAUUUAAAAAUAAAAGAAGAUGACAAAUGGAACUUGAAAUUUACAUUUUAAUGUUUACUUAUACUUUUAGCUUUUAUUUCAAUUUAUAUAAUGUGUAUCAGGGCCGCGUCAUUUCAGUUUGUUUAUUGUUGGUGUCAACACUUUUACAGGUCAUUUAAAAACCAGAACAAAAUUAUGGUCACUUUUUUUUUGGGAAAGGUAGUCAAGUGAUGACAUACCCCCUGCCUUUUUCUUUUUGAUUUUUCUGCCAAUUAUAUGAGGUCGGCCACCAUUUUUCUACACCUCCAUAGUGAUCUUAAAUACUAACUCCAUAUAUGAUAUUAUAAAACACUUAGGUGUAUCGGCGCUUAUAUUUAAUUUGGUAGACCCAAGAAGAAGUUUUAAAAGCAGUUGGUGCGAAUUCACACCCUGCACCCCCUUCUGACAACCCUGAUGUGUAUAUAGGUCAAUAUAAACGAUCUUUGAUAGUCUGGAAAAUUAAUGCACAUCGAUGAUAUUUUUCCUUUGAAGAUAGACUUCCAUAAAUUAAUGUAUAAUUAUUAAUUAUAAAUAUGCAUAUGCAAAUAAUAAAACUAAAAUGUGUUGUUAAAUAAUGCUUUUUCAUGAUGCGUUUUUAAUACUUUAAUAUUAUAAAUUCAUUGUACCAGAAAUUUAACUGACAGUAAAAAACUAUUGAACUGUAAUACUUAAUAAACUAUAGGCAAUAAUUAUCUAUGAGUAUAGGUAUAUAAAUAUUGAGAUACAUCGGCAAUCAUCGGCAAUUCUGAUUCGUCCACUACUUAUAUACGAAUACAUUUUCACAAAAGGAGAUUGACAUUGAAACCCCUUACAGCCCUGACUGCUUUGAGGUGAACUUUUAACAAUCUAUAUGAAAAAUUCGAAUAUCUCGUAAAAUUAGAACGAGAGGUACACUAGAUUAUAGGACUAAUCAUUUGGAAUAUUCAAAAUAAAAUACAUUGUUUUAUAAUCCGGUUGAAACAUAUAUUUUAAAUUAAUGUACAUCAAUACUUUUUCGGUGAUAAAUAACUGAAAUAAGACUUUAAUGCGAUUUGAUGUUCAAUAUUGAAUAUACAUUGAAGCAUUUUAAGUUUAAUCUGAUAUAAACCAUUAGAAUAUGAUAUAAUAUUAUUGUAUGAGUUAGUGAAAAAUUAUAACAUUUUACUGAGAAUAGUUUUGUAUCAAUCUGAUGUUUAAUUGUAUUCAUUAUUAAUAAAAAAUUAAAUGCUAUACUAUAUCUAAUCGUAUGGAUUUGUGGCGAGUAGGAAAUUAUCUGAAAUUUACGAGUGGCAUGAUGACAAAAUAACCAAAAACAAUACCUACUUUCACAUCAACAGUUUAAAAAUGAUGACUCGAAUACAUUACGAUUUUCAGAAAAUUGAACAUUCAACGUGUAAUAAACACUCUAUGGAAGGUAAUGUAACAUGACUGUGCAGUGUGCAAUUUAAUAUUAUCUUAUAUUAAUAAACAGAAAUUUAAAAGGGUUAAACAAAAUUGACAAGGACAGAGACCUUAGCGGGGAUCAGGUUAAUUUAGCCUCUCAAGGAUUAAGGAGACUGCAAAAGUUUUACGAAAUCCCCACAAUCGAUAUGGCAGCUGGUAAAUAUAAAGACCGAAUUAUUGGGAGUCAGUUGGACGGUAAGAAUAAUAGUAAAAUAUUGCAAUAUUUCUAUUUUUGUUUUUACAUAUGAAAGUAAUUCCUUAUUAUAUUAUUGUUUUUUAGCCUGCGAACGUUACGUUAUAAUGAAAAUUUGCUUCGAAAACCAUGACUUUUUCGGUAGUAUAGAUUGGGGUGUUCACACUUAUAAAAAAUGGACAAACGAAGGUGGUCAAUCAAAAUGUUUUGAUGUGGAACAUUUGAAAUACUAUAUAAUUUUAUCUUCUAUGUACACUGGUAAAUAGAAAAUUGCAGUGCUGAAUUUUCACAUUUUUCUGGGAUGGGUCCUUGAAAAUUAUAUAUAAUUCAAAGGUUUGAAUAUUCCUAUCUGUUUUGAUAUCUCUUUUUUAGAUACAAUUUUAUUGAAAAUAUAUUGGUGUCCGGGAAGGGGGGAAAAUACUCUGGACCCCUUCUUUAAUCCGCCACUGGUACACCGAAAGACGUGAAAAUAAAAUAUUUUCUUUUCUGGGAUUAAAUUUAAAAGUAUAACUCUCUUUGUUUUUUAAAAGUUUACAUCAGAGUUCUUUAACAGAACAUGGUUCAUAUGUAUAACGGUGCUAUAAAAAGCAGAAAAAAAAAAUCAAAAUUAUAAUUUACAACCACUUAUCGACUAAUUAUAAUUAUUAUUUUCUCCAUUAUGUUUUAAAUUAUUUUUUAACAGAAAUAUUGAUAUAGAACGAAGAGAUAUUUUUCAGGAUUUAAUUAUACCACUAUUUUCGGUUCAAGCGAAACACAUUAUUAUGCAGGACACAUUUUCGCACAGCAUUCUUUUCUUAUGAGAGAUGAAAUAUAUUUUACAGACGGAAGUGUCACAACGUCGUUGGAUAUAUUUAAUGUAUAUCGUGUAAGUAGUCAUGGGUGCCUAUUAGGAAGAGUACGAAGGAGACAUUUACCCCCAUUGAAAAAUAUUAAAACCCACAAAAUAGGGGUUUCCACGAGCCUUGCCGUAUAACACACACCUUAUGGCUUACACGAUUAUUGAUUAGGUAUUCUUAGGUAAUGGAUAUAACAACCGUAAUCCACAUAGCUAUAAUUUAUUAUAGGUAUUGUAUACAGUAUGUCAGGAUACUUAUUUAUAUAUCCAAUGUCCAUACGUUGUCUAUAAAGUAAUAGUCUUUAAAUAUACGAUUGAAAACCCGGUUAGGUUUGUCUCAGUUUGUCCCUUCCCUGGAAAUUACCUUAUGCACGCACUUAUGUUCAAAGAAAUAUAAUAAUUACUUUAUGAAAACAAAUAUAUUUUUAUAAGUUUUAAAAGUAUUAAAAUUUGUUGAUUAUAGACUUACGACAAUUAUAAUUGUUGAUGUUACACUUGAAAAUCGAAAAAAAAAACAAAACACAUAUUUUUUGACUUUUUGGACGUUUGGAAUGAAAGGGAGGAGGGAUUUUUAUCCUUUUAUUUUAACUUAUUUUAACCUCUUCUCUUGAACCUAAAUUAUAACUGCCACUGAUAUGAAAACUUGUUUUGGUUAUAAUAAUAUUCAAAUAAAUAUUUAAAUUUGUUGAUUUUAGACUUUAGAUACUGAUAAUCGUCGAAUAGACUUUAAACGUUUAUGUAAACACGGGGAAACCAUGAGAACAUUAACUAAAGACUCGAAAUGUCGAUACCAAACGAAAAAUUGUACUUAUCGAUUAUUGAUGCCGUUUAAAGAAGAAGAUUUAGAUAAUGAUCCGUGCAUAAAAAUAUACCACGAUAUUUUAUAUGAUGAUGAAAUUGAAAAAAUAAAAACGAUUGUGUCGAACAGAGUAUGGAUACGUACCUUCCUCAUAUUAUAUCUAUUUUUAUAAGGUUUUCGGAUUUAUAAUUUGUACAUUAUAUUAUUUCGUUCCAUUUUAUUAUUUGAGAAUAUUAUUCAUACUUCAUUAAAAGUUCAAAUUUUAUUUGUUCCUAUGUACACAUUAAACAAAUUUAAAAUAACCAAAAUUUAAUUUAAUUUUAGAUGCACGAUUCACAAGUGCUAAGUUCAAAAGGUGAAAAUCUAUUGGUUGAAAAAAAUCGAUCGGGUAAAACUGGUCGGUUAUCAGAAGACGAAGCGUCGAAACAUUUCGAUAAGUUAAAUACUCGUAUCGAAACCAUUACCGGAAUGAGUACGAAAAACGCUGAAUUGUAUCAAGUAGUUAACUAUGGUUUAGGAGGGCAUUAUAUGCCACAUUACGAUGGAUUUAUGAAAAACCAAGUAAUGCCUAUUUAUUAUAUAUUAUGUAAACUAUGUUAAAAUUACUGAGACAAUAAUAUUAACUCAUUUAAAUGAGUAGCAAUUAUUUAUUAUUACUUAUUGAAUAAAAACUAAAAGACUAGUUAAAACAUUUUUUUUAUCAGGGUUAUAGACCACUGGGUAACAGAAUAGCAACUGUAUUAUUUUAUGUAAGUAUUUUUUUUACAUUUUUAAACAGGAGAACCCGAAAGUAAAUAUAAAUAUAUAUUUUUAUGACGUUGUAUUAGAUGAGUAGUGUCCAAAACUAUGGUUAUACAGUAUUUCCAUCGUUAAAUAUCGUUUCUCCGGCUGAAAAAGGUGCUGCACUACUCUGGUAUAACUUGCAUUAUUUGACUGAUGGGCAUAUUCACGAUCAUACUCUGCACGGAUCGUGUCCCGUGUUAACUGGAAAUAAAUGGAGUUAGUAGAAUUAUUUUUAUUUCAUUCUUUGUCAAGAAAAUUAUAUUAUUUAAUGAAACAUAAUUUUACUAAAUUAUUACUACUCAUAUUAACCAUAAUUGCCUUUAUUAAAUAUAAUGUUUAUAAUUCUAUUAUAUAAUACUUAUAAUUUUUUUUUUAGUUAUGACCAGAUGGCUGUAUGAAGACGAUCAAAAGCUACUUUAUAAUUGGAGAGAUAAUAUUUGAUAUAAAUUGUCUUUUCUAUGCAUCUUAUACACGAUAAAAUAUAAGAUAAGCAUUUAUUUUAAAAUAUAAAUAUAUUAUACGUAUUAUUAAUAUGAUAAAACCAAUAAUGUAUACAGUAUACACCUAUACCUAAAUUAAUACAUAUGUAAAUACAGAUAAAUUAUUAUUAUUUUCUUAAAUAUACCUACAGUAUAGUUAUUCAUUAAUUUGACAACUUGUAUGUUACAAAUUCACUAAACAAAUUUUGGAAAGUUAUAUUAUAUCAACGUUAUAUUAUUUUAUUCUAUCAAAUAAAUUUAUUAUAAUAAAUCAAUUUUAUUAUAA